GUAAUUAGCAUCACAGUUGCAAAUUAAGUUUAUAAAAGUAUUGUUAAUAUUAUUAAAUAAAAAACUUGUAAAGUACAGAUAUACACACGCCAAAGUGAAAAAUUUUUUUGUUAAAGAAAAGAAUGAUGCUUUAAUAGUUCCUUAAAACUGAAAUCAAAAUGGACGUAGUGGAAUUAUCAGAAGAAAUACCUAUUAAUCAUCAAUUUACAGUUGCUGACUUGGAUAUUGAAAUUCUGCCCAUUAUAUAUGAAAUCAUUCGAAGGUUCACGAUUAUUAUUUCACACCGUAGAAAAAGAUCCCCACGACUCUUCCCAAAAAGCAAAAGAAUCACAAGAUACAAGUCAAAAAAUAUUAGAAUUGCAAAAGAAAUUGGACUCAGCUAGGGCUCAAAUUAAAAGGCUCUCUGGCAUUGAAUAUAGUAAAGAAGAACAGCUUCAAAAAUUAGAAAUUCUCCGAAAGCAAUUAAAAUUAAAGAGAGAACUUCUUCUAAAGUAUCGCACUAUGUGCUCGUUUGAUGUACCGAAGAAUUAAUCAAUUUAAAAGACAAUUAAUAAGGAAAUUUCAUUAACUACAAUGGUUUUAAAAAUGUUGCUUGAUUUUUUAACUAAUAAUACACAAUUGAUCAACAAAUUAGCAGAUUCAAAACCAAUAAGACGAACUGCACAACUGGUAGUUUAUUUCUU